UUUAGAGGCAGGAUAAUAUAAACUAUAGGCACCAGUCGAGAUAAGCAUCAACGCUGUAACGGAGCCGUUUCAAAUCGAGGUCAAAUCUGCCCUUUAAGGCUGCGCACGCAGAAGUGAGCCUAGCGUCGAAUAUCUCGCCUGUUCGGUCAAGGAUUCAUCCUCGAGCACGGACUGACGGAGAGCCACAGAUUUACUCCAUUCUGAACCGGAUCUACCAAAAUGACGGGAUAAUGUUUGAGAAUGUACGUUUUAUUUGCGUUCCUCCGGGUUCGUAAAUGACCAACUGGGCUCUAGUGAUUUGCCUGGCAGGUUAGGUACAGAAUAGGGUGGGCAGACCGGCAUACAUCUGAAGGUUCACCCCGGUCUCAUCAUUGCCGCGAGGCUUUUUGGUGGAGCACAGCCGACCGAUUUCAUGUAGCCUAGCCUACCAAGAUCGAUUGCUGUGGAUUGGAGGGAUUGUGUGGUUUAUUUGAUCAUUUUCGCCCUGAUUUCGGCUAUUAAAUGCGACAACAGAGACGAGACUGUCCCUCGCCGCUCUAUUUAUGGGUCAGUAUUUCUUUCUCCGCGGAACGGCCAACACCUCAGAGGUAUCAUGAAGAGAUAGGACUCUGACUGCACAUCCCGGCGGAGACGAAGCUCGGUGAGGCAACAUGAGCAAGACGUUCGAGACGACAUCCAAAUCCAGGAUAUAAAAGACAACAUUUCGAGGAUUGAGAGACUGAUAAUGAUAGAAAACGGGAAACCAGUGGAUAUAAGCAUAAAGCACGGAGAAUGAGGCUAGGUUGUCUUAGUAUAAAACUAGUGAUAUAAUAAUAAAAUAAAAUAAAACAGGCGUAGUGGUGGGGUCAUAUUUACUACUGACAACAUUUUGCGUAGCCUAAUAAAGGCCUGUGGUUUUGUAGACAAACACAACCUACAGUUAGAAACGUUGACCCAGAAACCGAGAUCGCGCCCUGUCAUCUGUGGCCUCUAAUGCAUGUUAUGAUGUACAGUUCUAGCGAGAGAUUAUCAACCGCUUUGUCUAUGCCAAGCACGUUUGUUUGGCUAUUCACUUGUAGGCUACAUCCCGACAUCCACUGCCUCUGAGAUUUAUAGAGGCCUUAAUCGAGGAAUCCAACGGCACGUUGGCGGAUUGUACAAUCCUCAAACGAAUUGACUGAAACUGGCACAAACGAACAGGCCUGUCGAAACAAUUAAGGAAUCGAGGAAAAGCGUCGAUUAUCAUUAUUAAGGCGCAUCUCUGGAGCUCGUGAGGUGAUGAUAUCACGCACAGGCGUAGCCUAAUCGCUCGUGCUGCAUAUGAAGUGUCGCCCAUUUGAUUUUAAAGAGAGGAUGAGAGGAUGGGAUGAGGAUAUCGUACAUGUCAGUGGCGGUGGGAGCACAAAACGGUUGGGAUAUUUAGUAAAACUACAUUAGUUCACCCGCCUACCCACGAGCCUAUAUCGGCGGCUCCAUGUUAUUACCCCACCAUCCUCCCUCGGACAGACGGGUUAUUACCCUGAAUGGGAACCACAUGUGUCCUACUUGAUGCGGGAGCAUUCUUUUAAAGACAACACAUUCCAAACGGACUCAUUUGUAUAACGCGUUUACUUAACGCCCCGUCAGAUUUUAAAGACUGACAUUUGACAGAGGUGGAUUUGAUGACACACACCUGGACACGGCUGUGGUACUGUGAGGGUGUAGCUCUGUUAAACCCAGGAGAUUCCCCGCUGACUGGAGGUCCACGCGCUUCAAGUGUGCCGUCGGUGGGAUUUGGGUUGUUCUGCGCAACAUGUGUAGGCCGACAUAGCCUGUGUCAUAGAGCUUCAUAAGACGUCAAGAUUUGCCAGGCAAUAGCAAAGGACGAGGAUAUGAAUCCAAGAAGAUGAUGAUGCUGGAUACACAGAACGCGACGCAGGAGAUCGGGGAGGAGGUGGAGGAGGGGGCGGUGUAUUCCAUCACGCUGAGGAAGCUGCAGAUGCACCAGGCGCCCAGCAGGGGGCAGCGCUGGCUGGGCGCGGAUGCGGAAGCGGCCCUCAGCCUCUACGAGACGUGCAAGGUCCGCACCAUCAAGGCGGGGACGCUGGAGAAGCUGGUGGAGUACAUGAUGGCCGCCUUCCGGGGGAACGACUCCACCUACGUCACCAUCUUCCUCUGCACAUACCGCUCCUUCGCCUCCACCAAGCAGGUGCUGGACCUGCUGCUGAACAGGUAUGCUAAGCUGCAACACCUCCCAGGAUCAGAAGGCUACAGACUGACUCAUGAUGACCGGACCGAACUACGGAACACCAUCUCGUCCAUCCUGGGCGCGUGGCUGGAUCAGUAUUCAGAGGACUUCUGGAAGCCUCCUGAGUACAGCUGUCUCCGCCGCCUCGUCUCCUACCUCCACCUCAACUUCCCCGGCUCAGACCUGGAGCGCCGCGCCUGCAACCUGCUCGCUCACUUUCACCGCCGGCAGCUGCAGGAACCCGAACACGAGGUGCUGGACCACGGCCCCUACACCUUCACCCUGCUGGAGGAGAAUGGCUUUGAGGAUUACCGGCCAGACUUCCUGACCUUCGACCCCACCGUGGUGGCUGAGCAGUUGACCCUCAUGGAUGCAGAGCUCUUUAAAAAGGUGGUUCCGUAUCACUGCCUGGGCAGCAUCUGGUCUCAGCGUGACAAGAAGGGCAAAGAGCACCUAGCUCCGACCAUCCGGGCCACCGUCACCCAGUUCAACUGUGUCACCAACUGUGUGAUCUCCACCUGCCUGGGCAACCGCUUGCUUAAACCCACACAGAGGGCCAAGGUGGUGGAGCGAUGGAUCGAUGUGGCCAGGGAGUGUCGUAUUCUGAAGAAUUUCUCCUCUCUGCGGGCCAUCCUCUCAGCUCUGCAGUGCAACCCUGUUCACCGGCUCAAGAGGACCUGGGAUGAAGUAUCUAGGGAGAACUUCCGGAUAUUCCUUGAGCUGUCUGAGAUUUUCUCAGAUGAGAAUAACCACUCGCUGAGCAGAGAGCUGCUGGUGAAGGAGGGAACAUCUAAAUUUGCCACUCUGGAGAUCAACCCCAAACGAGCCCAGAAGAGACAACAACCCAGACACCUGAGUGUGAUGCAGGGCACCAUCCCCUACCUAGGGACAUUCCUCACAGACCUGGUGAUGAUGGACACGGCUAUGAAGGACUAUCUGGACGGAGGGCUGAUCAACUUUGACAAGAGGAGGAAGGAGUUUGAGGUGAUCGCCCAGAUCAAGCUGCUGCAGCUGGCCUGCAACAACUACAACUUCACCAGGAACACCCGCUUCAGGGAGUGGUACUCCAGCCUGGACAAACUCACAGAGGCAGAGAGCUACAGCCAGUCCUGUGAGAUUGAGCCUCUGUCUGAAUCUGCCUCCAACACUCUGAAGGCAAAGAAGAACACAGGGAUAAUCAAGCGUUGGAGCGAUCGCCAGCCAGCCAGUACCGAGGCAGGAUCCAGCAGCUCCCACUCCAAGUCGUUCGACCAGCUGCGCUACGCCUCAUGCCUGGGGGGAGGUGGGGAGGGAGCAGACUCCCUGAGUGUCACCUCCGCUGGCUCCAGCAGCUCCGACGUGGAAGAGGUCAGCUUCAUCUCACACUCACCCGACGCCCCGGAGCGCAAGACCUCCACGCCUUCCGUAAAACAUUCCAAUUCCGCGUUAGGAAAGUGUGGCCCCUUGCCUGACCUGGCACCCACGUUCUGGGAGUCGACCUCCCUGUCGUCGCUGGACGCGUCCGGCCUCGGCUCUGGCUCCGGCUCCAGCAGUGCCUCAUCCUCCUCCAUGUCCUCCACGCCAGGUUCCCGCUCACACAAGCGCUCCGUCUCUGGGGUGUCCAGCUACUCCUCCCUCUCCCUGCCGCUCUACAACCAGCAGGUGGACGACUGCUGCAUCAUACGGGUCAGCCUGGACGUAGACAACGGAAACAUGUACAAGAGCAUCCUGGUGACCAGUCAGGACAAGACUCCGGCGGUCAUCAGGAAGGCGAUGGUGAAACACAACCUGGACCGUGAGAGACCAGAGGAAUACGAGCUGCUGCAGAAGAUCUCAGACGAGAAAGAGCUGAAGAUCCCCGACAACGCCAACGUGUUCUACGCCAUGAACUCGUCCGCCAACUACGACUUUGUCCUGAAGCGCCGAGGCUUUCCCCGGGCGUCCCGGCCAAAGCACGGCUCCAGCUCCACGCUGCCUCGCAUGAAGCAGAAAGGCCUGAAGAUCGCCAAGGGUAUCUUCUAACCCUAACCCAUGAAGAACCACCAGCCCUGCUGGAACCCCAGAGCCCCUCUGUGGGCCCCUGGCCCCCUGCCGCGAGGGGGCCCUGGCCCCCUGCCGCGAGGGGGCCCUGGCCCCCCUGGCCGGCAGAGCCUCCUG